AUGGUCCUCGGCGCGCCAUUCACGUGUGCCCUGGCGAUUGUCCUCGUUGGCUUGCCCUUGACUUCGCCCGCGCAGGCCCACAGCCGCGGCCAGGCCACCAGCGGCACGAGCACAAAGUCUGGCAUAAGUGCCACGGGCGCCACGAGCGGUACGACUACUUCGGCUUCGAGUCUCUGCGAAGCUCGAACCAUCAACUACAUUACACACACUCUGCCCCAAUCCUGCCUCAAGAGCUCCUGGGCUGGCUCCAGGCCCGCCCCGAGCCAGAAUCCCGCAACCAGCGCCACGCAUCGCUCCAACGGUACAUCCGAAAUGGGCACUAUCGAGGCGCAGCCUGUCGCUGCAGCGCCCAGCAGCGAGACCCAAUCUGCCGAGGCGGCCGCCACGUCCUUCAUGUCCUUCGAAGACUGGAAGGAGAUGAUGCUGCGGCGAGCGGGGCAGGACCCCCAAGAAUGGCGGUCUCGCAAACCCAGCCAGCAACAGACGGCCGAGAAGAACCCACCCGACGCGGCGCAUCACGCUGGCUUGGGCGAGGAGGACGAAAUCUCACUCAACUUCGGCGAGUACAAGGGUAGCGAUGACAAGGCGUCUUCGGCCAACAAUGCUGGCGGGACCGGGGACGGGACCUCGAAUCUGGACGCGACGCUGGUGUAUGGCGAUGCCGUCGUUCAUCGUAGCAAAGAUGCCGGCAAGACUUGCAAGGAGCGCUUCUCGUACGCUUCCUUCGACGCUGGUGCCACAAUCCUGAAGACGGCUGCCGGGGCCCAAAACGCCAGGGCCAUCUUGGUCGAGAAUAAGGACACAUACAUGCUCCUCGAGUGUGCUGCGCCGUCCAAGUAUGUCAUUGUUGAGCUCAGCGACGACAUCUUGAUCGACACUGUUGUCCUGGCCAACUUUGAGUUCUUUUCCAGCAUGAUCCGACACUUUCGUGUCAGCGUCAGCGAUCGUUAUCCCGUCAAAGAAGAAAAGUGGUUGGAACUCGGCCGCUUUGAGGCGCGCAAUUACCGCGAUAUUCAACCGUUUCUCGUUGAAAACCCUCAAAUAUGGGCCAAGUACGUCAGGAUCGAGUUUUUGACUCAUUACGGCAACGAGUACUACUGCCCGGUUUCGCUUCUGCGCAUACACGGUUCGCGAAUGUUGGAUUCCUGGAAGGACAGCGAGACUGGCCGCGAAGAGGAUGCCCAACAGCUGGAAGGGCAGGAAUCCAUCAAGGAAAUAUUCCAGGCCGACACCACCUUGGGUUCAAUCAUGCCGACAUCCGAAGAGGUCGUAGGGAACGCGUCUUUGCCUGCAGACGUAUCGCCACGGUCAAGGCACUUGGGCUCGAAUCCCUUUGAUGCCUGGGUUGCAACCUGUCGCGCGAGUGAGAGCCAAUUCGUGCACCCGCCGACGGCUAGCCAAACUUCGGACGACUCUCCCGGCAGCCCAACGCCUCGGCAGAGCACGCCGUCGGCAGAGAAGCAGCAGAGACAAGCCACUGCCACGCCAAAGUCCGCGAGCCCGGGCUCUAGCGAGACCCCGGAGCCCGCGCCAUCCACGGUGACACAAAGUUCGGCUGCUGCCUCAUCUGGCGAUGCUUCAACGGCCGGCGGCAAUGCAAGCGGCGCAAGCACCACCGCCUCUCCCGCCGCACACGAAACCGCCAGAGAGCGUAGCGGCAACGCCACGGCUGCGACCGUGACUGCAUCCCCCACGGUACAGGAAGGCUUCUUCAACGCCAUCACUAAACGUCUUCAGCAAGUCGAGUCAAACCUCACGCUGUCCCUCAAAUACGUCGAGGACCAGUCCCGGCAUGUGCAAGAGGCCCUGCUGAGGGGAGAGCAGAAGCAACAUUCCAAAAUCACUCAGUUCCUUGACGACCUGAACCGGACUGUGCUCUCCGAACUUCGCAAUGUGCGCGAUCAGUAUGACCAGAUAUGGCAGUCGACCGUCCUCUCCCUCGAGAGCCAGGCAGAUCGGUCGGAGCGGGAUAUGAUGGCAUUGAGUGCCCGCCUCAACCUCUUGGCAGACGAGGUUGUCUUUCAGAAGAGGAUGGCCAUUGUACAGGCCGUCAUCCUCCUUUCCUGCCUUUUCCUCGUCAUCUUCUCUAGGGGAGUCUCCAUCUCGUCCUUUGCCCCGCCACCGGCACAGUCUACCACAGGCACCGUGUAUGACGAGCCGCCCGUCCGUCACGACGACGUGUACCGGGUAGCCCAGCACCGUUGGCGCAAUAGGCCGGCCGCACACGACGAUGCCGAUUUCGCGCAGUCCAUUCCCGCCACAGAAGAAAGCGCCGGUUCGGCCCCCUGUGAAUCCCCGCUGAGUGCCCACCUUCCUGGAAAUCUCGAAGGCACCCCCCCCGAGUAUCACAGUCUGUCUCCGCCCCUUACACCGGGCUUGCCCGACCAACCCCGGCCAUCACACAUGCUCGCUUCUGGUCGCGAGCUCUACAACUCGGAAAGCAAUCCUGCGCGCCGCUUGCCUUGCCUGUCGCACAUCAACUCUCGCAAACCACUCCCUUCGCUCCCAGAGCACCCCUCUCCUCCACACGAAUCAUAG